CACUAUCACCAAGGAUUCCUCACCGAUUGCUAAAGAUCCGGACUUUCGUGCAAUUGCGUAGAGGAAAAACAGACGUGUUUUUUGACAAGGAUCAUCAAGCACACGAAGACACGACCUUCGGGAAAGCAAUUCAAAACAAUCGAAAAACCAACAAAACGAUUAUCGCUACUUCACGGCUGUACGGUAAAAUUUUAGCACGAUUAGUACUAGAACGUAUGCCGUUACAAAAGGAAUCUUGAAGCAUUCUCAAUCCAGCACACAGAUUCCGCCACAACAACUACAUCCAAAGAGAACAAACCAAGUACGGCAACAAGCACACCAUGUCCUCGUCGUCCGCCAACGAGAGCGCCUGGGUAAAAAGGCAACGCGAUCGUCAAAUCGUUGUCCUUGUCGAUCCUUACUCGACGGGAUGUGUUGUUGCACAGGAAUUGCAAAAGCGUGGGUACCUGAUCGUUGCCAUGUGGACGAUUGGGUUCAACGAGGAAAUGAAAUCCCAUGUGCCUGUUUCCUGCGGCAAAAUGGAAUACUUUGAACAGAUCGAUCAACUCGAGACCAACGAAGCGACCAUGUCGAAACUGCUGGAAGUUGCGAAAGGCCACGAGGUAAUUGCGUGUUUGGCCGGUGGUGAAGCGGGAGUUGAUUACGCCGAUGCCUUUUCGGAAUACCUUGCCUCGGUUUCGCCCUCGUCGUCAAAGAUAUUGACGAAUGGGACGUCCAUUCCAAAUCGUCGGGAUAAGUAUAUACAACAGGAAUUAUGUAGGAAAAUGGGGCUUCGAUCUGUUCGACAAGCUGGCUCGGAUAAAUUCGAUGAAAACAUUCAGUCCUUUUUAAAGUCUGAACCAUUCCCUGUAGUUUUAAAACCUACAGAAUCUGCUGGCUCGGAUGGUGUAAAGCUAUGUUACACUUUUGAGGAAGCUAAAGAUCAUUUCGAAACACUCAUGAAUGGGCAAUUGGUCAAUGGAGGGGAUUGCCCAAGUGUUUUGUGCCAAGAAUUCUUGAAUGGGACCGAGUACGUUGUUGACCACGUUUCGAGGGAUGGAGUUCACAAGACUUGCAUGAUUUGGGUCUAUGACAAGCGAGUAGCCAACGGCGCGAACUUUGUUUAUUUCGGAAUGAAACCAGUCGAUCCCAGUACACCAUUGGCUAGCAUCUUGAUCAAUUACACGAGAAGAGUCUUGGAUGCCCUGGAAAUCAAGCACGGGCCCACGCAUGGGGAAAUUAUGAUGACCGAGGAUGGACCGUGCCUGGUUGAAAUGAACUGCCGUGCGCAUGGUGGAGAUGGAACUUUUGCUCCUCUCGCCAAGGCCUUGACAGGGGCAUACAGCCAGGUGGAAAUGGCGGCAGAUGCUUUCGUCGACCCCUUUGCAUUUGCUCAAACCCCCGAUCGUCCCUCCUAUCCAUUCAAGGCGGCUGGACAAGAAGUCAUUUUUGUGAGUCGGUCCAAAGGCAUUGUCAAAUCGACGCCUGGAUACAAAAUUAUCAAAAUGAUGCCAAGUUUCUUGCACAUGGACGGGAUGAAAACGGAAGGAUCGGUUGUGGAUUACACCAUUGAUCUCGUGACGGGAAUUGGGAGUGUUAUUUUGAUGCACAAAGAUCCGGAAGUGGUCAAACGUGAUAUCGAUUUCGUCCGGUAUUUAGAAGACAUUAAUGGAUUUUUCGUGUACGAAACAAAGCUAGAAAACCUGGCACGUCCACGCGGAGAUGCUAUCGUAUUUUCAAAGACCAAGACUUCUCCAUCGAAACCUCCGCGAGCUCCUCAUAGACGCCUCAAAUCGACUGAUACAAGCCACCAUCAACAUGUAUUCUCUUCUGAUGGACCUAAUCUGGUGCGUAUCAUGUCGAACGAUCGACCAGAACUGGGUGGCUUCGGUGGUAUGCCAAUGUUGACAAAGCGCAUGACCACGGUUGAUUCUUCUCGAGAGGCAGUUGUCCUGAUCGACCCUUAUUCGACUGGCUGCUGCAUCGCCGAGGAAAUUAUGAAACGCGGAUUCAGUGUCAUCGCAUUGUGGACACGCGGCUUCUCACCGGAGAUGAAAACUCACGUUCCGUUGAGUUGCGGAAACAUUAAGUAUCUCGCUGAAGUCGAAGAAGGCGAAACUCUUGCACAAACUUCGCAAAAAAUGUAUGAAGCCGCAGGAUCUUUGCGUGUUGUUGCAUGUCUAGCGGGAGGGGAAGCCGGAGUCGACCUCGCUGAUGCACUUUCGGAGCACAUCAAAGUGCGUACGAACGGAACUGUCAUUCCCAAUCGCCGUGAUAAAAAGAUUCAACAAGAAAUCAUUCGAAAGCACGGUUUGCGUUCUAUCCGACAAGCUGGAGGUAGUGAUUUUGGUGAGGUGAAACACUUUCUUGAAACCGAGCCGUAUCCAGUUGUGUUGAAGCCGGUCGAAUCAGCUGGAAGUGACGGAGUUAAACUAUGCCACUCAUUUGAAGAAGCGGAGGAGCAUUUCCAUGUCCUUAUGAACAGUCAAAUGGUCAACGGAGGAAACUGUCCCUCUGUACUUUGUCAAGAAUUUUUACGUGGUAAAGAAUACGUUGUAGACCACGUGUCUCGAGAUGGAGAACACAAAACUGUCAUGGUCUGGGUUUACGACAAACGUCCGUGCCAUGGAGCGGAAUUUGUUUAUUUCGGCUGCGUACCUGUGGAUUCUGAGUCUCGUGAAGCCAAAAUUGUCAUUCCGUACGUCCAGGGGGUUCUCGAUGCACUAGAAAUCAGGAACGGACCGUCGCAUGCCGAGGUAAUGAUGACACCUGACGGUCCGUGCUUGGUAGAAAUGAAUUGUCGGGCACAUGGCGGUGAUGGAAAUUGGCGCCCUCUCUGUCGCCACCUCACAGGAGGUUAUUCCCAGGUUGAAGCUACAGUUGACGCAUUCUUGGACAAACAGCAGUUUUCAGUCCUCCCCUCAAAGCCACCGAGUCCGUUCAAGGCAUCAGGCCAAGAAGUAAUUCUCGUGUCGUAUGGUCGUGGAGUGGUCAAAGCAACCCCCGGAUUCGAUAUCAUCAAAGAAAUGCCAUCUUUUGUCUACCUUGAGACAGGGGUCCGACCAGGGUCGAGAGUAGACUACACAAUCGACCUCUUCACGGGCAUCGGGAGUGUUAUUUUGAUGCAUAAAGAUCCAGCAAUAUUGGAAGGUGACAUCCAACGAAUCCGAGACAUGGAAAAGAACAAUGAGCUAUUUACUUUCGAGCAGCAAUCGAGAUAUAUGAAAUCGCCAUCUAUUAUCGGAAUGGAUAAACUCGCCUCAGCCUAACCAUCCACAAGAUUUCAAAGUAGUGUUUUGAAAUUCUCAUUGCAAAAUCUGAACUAACGCGACUGACGAUGAUUAUACUUGAUUUUUCUGCAAGAACCCAAAUGCGCUCUCAAUUUAGACUCUGAAGAAUCCUUCAUUCUCCCCACCCAAGAGCACUAAUAGAAAAUAAAAUGAUUAAAUUGAC